UGUUCCCUGUUGGCAUAUUGUUGGCCGACUAAGGGUCCUUCUUUCUUUUUUACAUCCCUGAGAGAGGCAGCUGCCAAAAUGAACGACACCGUGACCAUCAGAACCAGGAAGUUCAUGACAAACCGCUUGCUUCAGAGGAAGCAGAUGGUUGUCGAUGUCCUGCACCCCGGCAAGGCAACUGUUCCCAAGACCGAGAUCAGGGAGAAGCUCGCCAAGAUGUACAAAACCACCCCCGACGUGGUGUUCGUAUUCGGCUUCAGGACUCAGUUUGGUGGCGGCAAGACAACGGGUUUCGCCAUGGUCUACGACUCUCUCGACUACGCCAAGAAGAACGAGCCCAAGCACAGACUGGCCAGACAUGGUCUUUACGAGAAGAAGAAGACUUCAAGGAAACAGCGCAAAGAACGCAAGAACAGAAUGAAGAAAGUCCGGGGAACAGCCAAGGCUAACGUUGGUGCUGCUGGCAAGAAGAAGAAAUGAAGGUUCUUUUGCAGUGAUCCUGGAUUUUCAGGGAAUGCCUUAGCGCUGAAGAUGUUCUUGUAUAUUGUCAUCAAAUAAAUUGUAAAAAAAUUGUAAA